AUGUUUCCUUCACAGCGAAUACAAAAUCUUAUUAGUAGUGUUAAAGAAAAAGUAGAAAAGUAAGAAAAAUUCAGAGAAUUUCAAAACGAUAGAGAUAAUUUUGGAGCCUGCAAUACAAGUGCGCUUGAAAGGUCAAAAAAUUUGAAAGAGCAUAUAUAUGAACUCAGCAAAUACAUGAUAUCUAAGAAAAAAGAAUACAAUGAAAUACAUAAUGAAGUUUUACAAAAGCAGCAAAAGCUUUUUGAGCUUAAAAAGACUUAUACAGAAAUGGAGGAUCAAAUUUCGCAGCCGAACCACAUUGAAGAUUUAUUUAAGGUUCGGAAAGAAGAACACCAUGAUUUUACACAAGGCUUAAAUAAUGAGCUAUAUUAUCAAGAAACGUUAAAACAAAUGCUUUUCCAAAGGCAAGAAAACGUCAACCGCUCUAUAUUACCUGUAAACACAAUUAGCUCGAAGCUUAAACUUAUAACAAGCCAAUUAGCUAAUAGGAGACAUUCAGUUGAAAAAAUAUCUGCUGAUAUCACAAAUAUAAACCAGGAAAUUGAAAUAGCGAAAAAUGAAUUGGCCAGAUCCAGAAUUCUCAACCAUCAGAAAAUAGAAAACGAGCUUAAAGUAUACCAGGACUAUCAAAAAGUCCUUAAAUGUAUUUCUGCAGAACACAAAAGAAACCUCACAAUUGAAAAACAAAAAGAGAACUCAUUACAAUUAAUCAGACUGGAAAAAAAAAUUUCUGAGCUAAAAGAGUUUCAUGUAGUCCACAAUGAAACUAUAAAGCUUGAAAAAGACCAAGAAAAGCAAGACAGUAAAUUCAAAGCGAUCCAGCGAGUCACAAAUAUAUCGACUAUACAGGAUAUGCUACCUUAUUAUAAGUAUCUUAAAGAAAAAACAGAAAAUUUAAGUAGCACAGCAAGCCAAUAUCAAAGCUUGAUAGACAGUUUGAAUAAAGAAAUAAAGGAGCUUUCUUAUGAGCUUAAUCGAUAUAAAUUUCAAGAUGGAUCAUAUGAACUGAACGCACAGAAAAUUGAAGAAAUAAAAGCUGCGUUUGAGCUGAGGAUAAGCACGAUCGAAAAAGAUGAGUCUUCGUUGAAUAGCUUACAAAAUUUAGUGUUUUCAGCUGUAAAUGUUAUCAGUAGAAUUGUUUUCCAGCUCUCUGAUGAAAGUUCCCGCUUUGAUGUGACAGCAAAAAACUUGAACCAUGCACUUGCUUAUAUUUCUUCAAAGCUUGACACAAUAAUAGGUACAUUGGAAAAUCAUAAAAAUGUAUAUUAUGUAGAAAGCAUAAAUACAGCGACUGAUUUUACUUCUUCUCCACCUUUCUUGAAAUUAAACAAUUCCAGCUUUUACCAAUACUAA